AUGAAAUUACAUAUAAAGAUUGUGUUUAUUUUAGAUGGCGAAAAUAAUACCUGUAACACAUAUAUGACCCAGUCCAAGGUGCCAAAGGAAGUUCAGAUUAUUAAUAUGACUAAAGAAUUUAUAAAACAUACGGAUGGCGUCACUAAAUUAGGAUUGAUUCCAGUUAUAGAAGUACUAGAUGAGAUACAGCAAAGUUCGCCAGAGAUCAUUAACAAUAGUUUAGAGGAGAAUGGAUUUGACUACAAUGUUUAUUAUAAAGAUAUAAGUGAACAAGAUGAGCCUUUUGUUACGUUAGGACUAUUAUCAACUAUUAAGAAGAACAUAAAGUUACUGAAAAAUGAUGAUAAGACUAUAAAGUCGGAAUCGAAGAAAUUAGAGCUGACUCAAACUGAGAACAUAUUAUUGAUGGGAAGGAUAAAGCAAGAUAUUAAACAAUUUCUACGGCAAAAGAAUAACAAAUCAGUCAAAAGAAAUAGUAAUCAUGAAUGCUUAGAAAUAAAAAUGAAAUUUGUACGAGUCUUUUCUGUUAAUUGCCGGAAACCACCCGCCAGUUCGUCUAUUCUACCCAUUACCAAAGCAAAUAGACAACCAUUAAAAUUACAACAAGCAAUUAAUACCACUUUUGAACGACACACAAACCCAAUGCCCGCCCCCAAAGCUGUAAGGACUCAAUCAUUGCCAGUGUGGAAGCAAGCGCUAUCCAACACAAACUAUAAUGGGGUAGGGUUACCAACGAACUCAUUAGCACAUAGAAUAUACAUGACUGAUAGACAAGGAGAACAAAAUUCUAAAAAUAUUCCAAAACUAGCAUAUAGUACCACUACUAUGAAAGAAAAUACCCAUAAACACAGUCAAGAAGUUAGUAAUGACAUCCAAAACCGAUUUAAUUUUAUUAAUCAGAAGAAGAAGUCAUCUAAUAUACGACCAACUAACAUUACUAAGUCAAAUAUUCCAACUACAAUAAAUAAUGAAUCAAGAAGAAAUAGUUACAAAUUAAACCAACCUUAUAAAAAAAAUGUCGAAAGAAGUGACAAUAUUGGGAAAUCUUCUAAAAGUUACAAUAAGAUCAAAAAGACUAAUAAACUUGAAGUGAAACUAAGUGGUUUAGAUAAAAAUAGUCAAAUUUACCAGCAUAAUGAAUCCCAGUUUCCUGUAAACGAUACAUCACAGACAAUACCAGAAAACAAGGAAAACAUUCCACCAAUUAGUGAAGUAGCUUUACUUGGCUUUGAUAUCGAUGACUUUGCAAAACUUCAAAAUAAUGGCGAAUCAAAUGUUGAUUGGUUGGUUGAUGGUUCAUAUUUUGAUCAGAAAUUUGUGGAUGAACAUUUUAAUAGUUUACUAGAGCAAAAACAUUUGGUUACUGGAGCCUCAGAUAACAGGUUGUAUAUAAAAGCAGAUAAUGAAAAAAUUGAGUCUAAAGUAAAAGAAGAUACCACAAGUGAUGUUGACAGGACAUCACCAAUUGAUACAUUAUCAAUGCCAUUGAUGGAAUUGAAUCAAAAAGAUGCAUCACAUAUUGAUACCUCUUGUCAAGAGCAACUUAAAAAGUUACCGAUUUUAAUUUCAAGGAAAAAAGAAGAUAUGGAACUAAUUUCUAAUAUGGCAUUGGAGGAUAAUGAGGCUACAUCAAUUCUUGAACAUUCUUCAUCUUCACCCCACAAUCAAAUAACUGCAUCAGAAGAAAAAAUGGAUAUUUUCUAUGCAACAAAGAUAAAUGAAAAAAGAGUAACUAUGGCUUCUUCACCAGCUAAAAAUAGUAAUUAUUCAGGAACUUCCUCAGAUGUUGAACCAAAUGAAGAAUUAUCUCUAUUCAAUGAUGGACAAAGGGAGUCGCCCAAUUCUCAUUAUACAUCCACCUCCAGUGAUUUGCAUAAAAGUUUAUAA